AUGGGGACUCAGAUCGCCUUUCUCGACAUAAGAAACAGAGUUCUUGAUGAAAGAAUCGACAUCUCCCGUGUUAAAACAUGGUUGAGCACUUGCUCAGAACAUCACUCAUCCUGCUUGCCACAUCACUCAACACCGGAGGUUGAGGUACCGAAUUUCCGCGUUAUCGAUGUACCCCGGAGAUGCAUUGCCGCAAUGCCAAAUGCAAUCAGAUAUGUCGCUCUCAGCUACGUUUGGGGUCAAGUGGACACGUAUCGUCUCUUGAAGGGUAAUUUCAAGGACCUGAUGAAAUUUGAUGGUCUGACUAGAAAUUGGGGAAAGCUUCCUCGUACGUUCAGAGACGUUGUUUUGUUCACUGAAGCCGUUGGGAAGAGAUAUCUCUGGAUUGACACGUUGUGCCUGAUCCAAGAUGAUGACAAUGACAAGAUCCCCGGCAUUAAACACAUGGAUGCCAUUUAUAGCAGAGCGUUCUGUACGAUUCUUUCUUCCCGUGGUGAAGACGCAAACGCUGGUAUUCCUGGCUGGGGUAUCAUACGCCAACGUGCACAACACGUCAGCGAAGUUCUUCCAGAAGUCAGUAUGAUCUUGACUGAGAGUAUGAGCACGUACCUGACGCAGACUCAGUAUUAUGAAAGAGCAUGGACGUUUCAGGAGUAUUUCCUGUCUUCUCGACGAACUAUAUUCGUCAAUAGCCAAGCUUACUACUCGUGUCGAAAAUGCUAUUGGAGAGAAGACGACGCGGAAAGAAGAGUGUUGAUCAACAACGUAUCAGUUGACGAGAGCUAUUUAUCUGUGUUGAACGACCUCUGGAUGGACGACGACAUCGAUACUCAUGAACUGUGGACGAUGAUGCUAUAUCAUUACACAAAACGGAAAUUGACAUACGAAUCAGACAUUUUCAAUGCCGUGGCUGGCAUUUGUCGUGCGUUGUCCAUCCGUUGCAAAUGUGGCUUCUUUCAAGGGAUGCCUGUCGCAGCUCUCGAUUUGUACCUGCUGUUCAGCACAGUUGCCGCAGCCGAACGCCGUUGUGGCUUCCCCAGUUACUCGUGGACUGGAUGGCAUGGGCGUAUUUAUUUCGAACAAAUUUCAGUUGGCAAUGCCGUAAAGAACAAGACCGACUGGCUCUCAAACCAAACCUGGAUCGUUUGGUACAAGUAUGAGCCCUUGACUGGAGAAGUCUCGCGAAUCUGGGAUAUCAACCAAAAUCCCGGCUUCCUGGAAGCGACUGAAGACGAAAUAGGGUAUCGUAGCAGACGAUUAUUCAUCCCAAAGAACAAAAAGACUAGGCUCUCUUGCAACACUGAAAUCACUAGACCGUCACUACAGCAGCAUGUCAUUGAUCAAGCUCAAUAUCCUUCUUCACUGUUGCAAUUUUGGACGGUGUCAGUGUACUUUAACUUCAAUUUCUCCAAAGAUCGAGGAAGUAUCGACAUAUUCGAUCGAAACGGCAACUGUUGCGGCUCCGCGUGUCAGAACGCAGUUUUGACUGACAUCCACGCCGAUGAGUCGGAACCAAUCGAGCUUAUCAUAUCAUCCAUGAUCCGAGUGCCGGAAAUCUGCUUAUGA